GAAAGUUGUAGAUGUUGCACUUUUUCAGGGGUGUUGGCUACCCAUCAUUGUGGCCAUCAGAUAGCUGCAGAGAACCGCUUGAUGUCAGUAACAACUUUACCUUCAAAGUUAUUGAUGGUAUUCUUUCAGAUUUUAGCAAGGUUUUCAAAUUCAAAUUUGUCCACUUAGGAGGUGAUGAAGUCAAUACAAGCUGCUGGACUGCAACACCACACAUUAAGGAAUGGUUGAAUAAUAACCACAUGAAUGUGUCGGAUGCAUACAGAUAUUUUGUGUUGAGAGCCCAAAAGAUAGCAAUAUCACAUGGAUACGAAGUCAUUAACUGGGAAGAAACGUUUAACAACUUCGGAGAUAAGUUGGACCGUAAAACCGUGGUGCAUAACUGGCUUGGGGGGGAUGUAGCACCAAAAGUGGUUGCUGCAGGGCUGAGAUGCAUAGUAAGCAACCAGGAUAAGUGGUACCUAGAUCACUUGGAUGCCACAUGGGAAGGAUUUUACCUGAAUGAACCCCUGAAAGGAAUCAACAACACAGAACAGCAACGGUUGGUUAUUGGUGGUGAGGUUUGCAUGUGGGGAGAGCAAAUCGAUGCAUCGGAUAUUGAACAAACUAUUUGGCCACGUGCUGCAGCAGCUGCAGAGAGACUGUGGAGUCCACUUGAGCAGAUUGCUGAAGACACCAGGUCAGCCACAUCAAGACUGUCACGCUUCAGGUGUUUGCUGAAUCAGAGAGGGGUAGCUGCUGCACCAUUAGCUGGCGAUGGUCGUACAGCACCAUAUGAACCUGGUCCCUGUGUAAGGCAAUAGGAUAUUCAUAGCAAAAUUUGAAGUAGCAUUCAAAGAGGAUACACAUCAUUCACAAGUGUUAGUUCAGCAUUAUGAAUCUGGAGUAGUUAUAUGGUUGUGUAGACUAUAGAAGGUUUCAGGGAGU